AUGUCUCAGUAAAAGACAACUACAUCGAAAUAAAAGAAAAAGAACAAUACCCAACCUCCACUGGUUAAUCAAACUCAAGAUACUUCAACUGUUACUUAGAAUGAAGAAAAUGGAGUAAAGACUAAGGGUGAAUCAAAGGUUAAAUCCUUAAAAUUUAAUUUCUUGCUACAAACAAGGGGGCAAAGAUGUUUGAUUAGAAAGACAAAGGAAUUUCAAGACCCUACCAACCCUGGAAGCAUUAUAGAGUUCGAAGGUGUUAUAGAUUUGUUUCCCAGUAAUGGAUCUGAAUUACGAUUGGCAGAUAUCACUAAAUACCUAGUCAGUCCAGAUAAUAGGAGGGUAGAGUUGGAUAAAAUAGAGUACGGUCAUUUUAGGAUGAGUGAAAUAGCCGAGGUGUUAUUUGAGGGUAUCAACAUCUAAAGAGCAGGUGUGGUUAAAGCUGAGAGACCAAUAUUGAAUAUUGUAAAUUAGCAAAAGGACGAAGUGAUCAAUAAGGAUUAAACUGAUAAUUAAAAAUAGGAGGGGAAAAAUAAAGUCACUACAGCAUCAGCGUUAUAGAGUAGUAAUGUACAAUAAAGAGAAGUAAAGUAUAAUGAAAAUAUAUGGUAAGAUCUUGAGAUAGACACUAAGAUUACUCAGAAAUUACAAAAAGGAAACAAAAAGAAGUAGAAUUCAUAAUAGUAUUAGCAGCAGCAAUAUCAGCAGAAAUAAUCAGGAGUAUCAAAAUAAAAUGGAACUAUUGAAGAAAAAAAUCUAAAUAAUCAAUUCCAAAGUUAAAAUUAAUAGUAACCACAAUAACUCCAGCAAAACUUUAAAAAAGAGAAGUAAUAAUAAAAAUUCCAGUAAAAGUUAUCUCAGUAAAAUCAAAGUGAAAAAUAAAAGCACCCUUAAUCUCAGAACUCUAGUAUACUUUCAAAUCAAUAAACAUAAUAGAAUAACAAGGAUAAUGUAAUUACGUAAGCAGGAUAGCCUCGCGAAUUAGAGAGAUAUAUAGACAAGGAGACUUCUUAGAAAAUAAAUCAUGAAGCAGUGAAUGACUCGAAAGUAGACUGGAGUGCUUUGAAUUAGUUUGAGCUUAAUUAGAAAAUGUUUAACACCAAGAGCACAUAUGACUUUGAAAAAUACACUUCAAAACUUGACGAAAAAAAACUGACGGAGGAAUAAAAAUAAAAAGCUAAGACUAUUUCUUUAGACAUAGAGAGAGAUGAGCUAGUAAAUGAAGCUAAACAGGCUUAAAUCAGAGCAGAAUUGAUUGGCGAUCAAGAUGAUGAGGAGUACUAGCACUCUAGUGUUAUUAAAGUAAAUGAAAAGAGACUACAAGUUAAUCAGUAUUUUGGCAAUCAAAAUCAGACUUAAAAUCAUCAAAGUUAGCCUUAACAAAAGAAGCAGAAAACUAAGAACAACAAGCAAAAAGCAACUGGAAGUAAUCACAACGAAUAAAACAAUAAUAAAAAGUAAUAAAAUGUAGUAACAAUAAAUGAAAAGUAAGUAAAAUUGAUAACCAAACAGUAAGAUGAUGAAAUCGAAUAGUAAAAACUCCGUGAUGCCUUGAGAGAAGCCAUUGGUGCUUAAAACAAUUCACUGUCCUAGAUGAAUUAAUUCUAACAAUAAAUUGCUGCUUUAGGUGUUAAUCAAACUGGUCCCAUUGAUAGUAGGUCAAGAACUGGAUCUUUGCUAAACAGUGUGAGCAUGAAUGUAGUUGGCAACCUAAAUUUAGACCCUAGAGAAGUUGAAUAUGAUGCACAUUAGCAAAUCCUAAUGUAUAAGAUUGAAAAGAAGAAAGAAGAAAUGACUAGAAAUAGAAAGUCCUCUGAAACAUUCCGAUUUGAGUCCCAAAGACUUGAUGAAAGAAUUAAAUAGAAUCUCUAAUCACCUGAGACGAGAAGGGAAAAUGAUAAAAAAGCAAUGCAGCAUUAAAAACAGAUAUAAAAGCCUCAUUUCUUGUUUAAGUCCGUGAAUAUAGAUAAACUUCAAAAGUUCAAUGCUUAUCAUUCUUUAGAGAAAAAGCAGCCACUUGAAAACGUAGCAUGCUUGAUAGAAGAUUGGGCAGUUGACGCUAAAGAUUAAAGCAGAUAACUUAUAGUUGAAUGA